ACUCCAACCACACUUGAUCAUGGCCUACACAAUCCAGCCAACACGCCGCCACAACCCGGUGGACAGCAUCUGCCGCAAACUUCAGACCAUCCAGUGGCGGGGUGACCGGGAGCCCAAUACCCCCUUCAGAAUCCCCAAACUGUCCUCCAGCAGCUACGACAGCCCCCAGUGCGGCCUCAGGCGUAACCUGGAAGCCAUCUUGAAGAAAGGAGUCCACGGGCGAAAGGAGAGUCCCAAUUGUGCGGCAUCUCAGAAGAACAUGGAUCCCGCCGUUCCAUCAUCUACAGCUAACAUCACAUACAGCAUCACUAGUGUUGGCAGAAGCGGAGUAAAACCAUUCAAGCAGAAGUACUGCUCCACUCCCAGUACCACACGUGAGACCAAAGACUCCCCUUACUUCACUUUCACACAAAGCGGACCCCAAUCGGUAGAUUCCGAUAAACCAGCUCUCUCUCGUACCUUCACCCCGAUUCGGAACACCGUCUCGUAUGAGCUGAACUUCAGCCCCGGUAGCGCGGCUAGCUCCUCGGAGGCCGAGCUGCCCUACCCGGCUUUGGUUGUCAGGAAGCUAUCACUAGAAGAUGGAGAAAACACGCCGGCUUCUGAGAGCAACAACAUGGCAGAAGUUAGCCUCAUCUGCGAGGAGAAUCUCCUCGACACUAUCUUCCACGCUUGUGACACGCAGCGUCGAGGGAAGGUGUACGUGUCCCACAUUGUGGAUUUCUUGCGGCACACCACCAGCCGCACUUCGGAGGACCGAGGACUGGAGGAGCUCUGCAACAUGCUGGAUCCCGAACGCAAAGACGUUUCCAUCGACCUGGAUACGUAUCACGCCGUCAUGAGGGAGUGGAUCGACGACUGCCGUAACAACAGGGAGGAGUCCUCAGAAGAUGGAACCCAAGUCAACGCUGCCAGGAGGACCAUCAACAUGACGUCAGGAAGCUUAGAGGGCUUUGGAGGCGACGCGUCAAAAGCAGAAUUUGAAACAUCCGAGCUGGUUUACUGCCUCGCCGACCUCCAGAUGAGCAACCAGAAGCUCCAGGAAGAGGUGAAGAAGCUAAAACAGACGGUGGAGGUCAUGGAGGAGAGCAACCAAAAGCUGGCGGAUGAGAACGAGGUGUUGCGCAACCAGAUCAGAGCUCAACAGCAGCUAAUCCACAAAGAGAAGAUGCUGCAUGACGAGGUGGAAGAAAUGAAGGCCGCUCUGAGCUGCACGGAGGAAGACAGAGCUCUCGCCUCCGCACGAAGCAAACACGUGGAGAAAGAAAACCAAGAUCUCAUCGCCAAGAUUGCUUCAAUCGAGGACGAGAACUUCAAGGUCACCAUGGAGAUGGACAAGCUUCAGAAGAGAAUAGCCGAGCUCCGUGACAUCAACGAUGACCUUGAGGUGCAGAUUCACUCUUUCGAUACAGUCAUCACUGAAAAGGAAUCUCUUAUACAAGAGAGGAGCAGACAGAUAGAAGAUCUCAAAGCGGCAGUGGAAGAAUAUUCGUCCAUCACGGAGUUACUAAGGGCCGACAAGAGCAAAUUGGAGAACCACAUGCAGGUGAUGCAUCAAGACCUUUCAGGCGCUGGAGUUUCCCUUUCGGUGGCCUACAGACUAAACCAGAACGCUUCAGGAUCCCUGCAGACCGAGCUGGCCUUGGCUCAGUCGCCACUGGAGAGCGUGUGCUUCGCCUCGCCGCUGGAUGAGACUCUGGACAAGGAAGUUCUGCUGAUGAUGCACGGACCCAGCCCUGACAUCAUGGCUCUGGAGUUCAAGAAGCUCCUCAACAGACUGAAGAACGAUUUCAGAGAAGACACCACCACAGUCGUGUCCACGCUGAAAGCUUUGCUGAGUGAGCACACAGAACCAAGCGGCGACAUCCAAACCAGUCUUGAGGCGGUCCAGGUAGAGCUUGACGCCACAAGAGAAGACUGGGCCUUGAGCUUGGACCAGCUGGCGCAGUACACCGACUCCAUCGAGAAGGAGCUGGUCAAAAUGGCCGGGAAUAUGAGGAGGUCACGAACGGAGAUCCUGCAUCUUUCAGUCAGGGUGCAGGAUCAGGAGAACCAGAAGCGGCAGCUCGGAGAAGAACUAGAGCAGCUCAAGACCCCUCAAGAUAGCAGAGAAGCUUCGUGCCAGACACCCGCACCUGAAGAAGAGACCGGGGAAGACCUGGAAUGGGAUGAGGAAUACGCCCUUCAAGAUUUCCUGAAAAACGAAAUAGCGGGGAGCGGGACGGACGGCGGACAGACGGAAGACGAGAGGUGGACGGUUGUGAACGGAUCGGGCGGAGGGGAAGCGAGGAACUCGUCCACUCCUGUGUCGGCCAAACCCGAAGACAGUCGAUGUCUUGCAGGAACUCCUGAAGUAAGGGUGAGCCAACCUUGUUUGCAGAACGAGGCAGCGGUACCGUCGGACGCCCACUCGCAAGCUGUCAGCUCCGAGCACCCAGCGGCGGAUGCCCCGUCCCACUCAGAGAGCCACGAGACAGAAACCCCAUCGUCUCAGUCCGUAACGCAGAACCUGAGCACCUCAUCUGAUCAGGACCAAACUAAGAUGCCAACAACAACGGAAAAUCAACCAGAUGAGGUCACGCCGACAAAUGAGAGCGUCCAGCCGCUCGGCGAGGACCACGAGGGAGGAAGCGAGGAGGCCGAGAACCUGAACCGGGACCAGUCCUCACCCAAACCUGCAGGGGACACUUCGAGUCCGCUUCCUGUGUUGGUUGAAGAAGAGGAAAGCAAGCAGGAGGGCAACGCCGCAGUGUUAACCCAACAGGCCGCCAUGGCAGGGACAGAACCGCUCGACGGCAUCGACCCAACCGCUCAGACUGAGCGUCAGCAGGGAAACGCAUCGGCGGUGCAGAACGGCCAAUCAGAAAGCGGCAAGACGAGUAAAUCGGGAGAAAAUAAGAAAGAACUUGAGUCACAAGAGGCGGACGCCGCAGAAGAACCAAAAGCGGAGCAGGCCAAACCUGAAGCCGAGUUGCCGAGCAUCUCCGCUCGGACCGACUCGUGCAAAGAGGAUAAGCAAAGCAGCCUGUCAGCCAACGACAAGGAGAUUGAGUCCGAGUUCCAGCGUUUGGCUCUGGGCUUCAAGUGCGACAUGUUUACAUUAGACAAGAGACUCCGGCUGGAGGAGCGUUCACGCGAUCUGGCCGAGGAGAACGUCCGAAGGGAGGUGUCCAGCUGCCAGGGAUUACUGCAGGCUCUGACUCCUUUAUGCGAAGAUGACAACCAAUCAAUGGAGAUCAUCCACAGGCUCCAGAAGAACCUGGAUAUCCUCAUCCAGUCCAUGACCCGAGUGUCAAGUCGCUCCGAGAUGCUCGGAGCCAUCCAUCAGGAAAAUCGUAUCGGUAAGGCGGUGGAAGUGAUGAUUCAGCACGUGGAGAACUUGCGGCGGGUCUACACCAAGGAGCACGCCGAGUUACUGGAACUGCGGGAAGCGCUCACGCAGAACGAGAGGUCGUUCGGAUCGCACUUCGACAGAGAUGAAUUCCGCGGCAAGAAACCGACAACAUCACAAUACUACAAGUCAUCAACCCGGCGCGUUAGCAUAGCAGCAAUUCCUCGCUCUGCUGGAGGCAACAUGCACUACGACAUGACCAAACUACAAGACGGUGCGGAAAGCGAAGCUGAAAGACUCACCAGGAGAUCUCCAUGGAAUGUGGCGGGAAAGAACAUGGCGCGUCCCCCACUUAAACGCUUUGUUAGCUCUGGCGCCUGGGUUGACACUGAAGAGUCCUCUGUCAUGAUGAAGGGGACGGCGCGCAAUAACUCCGACCCCCAGCCAGUCGAGAAGCUGGAAGAAGCCACGCCGGAGAGGAGGAGGUCCAGUCUCAGUGAGCUGGGCAGCAAAAUCACCUCGCUCAUUCUGCCCCUCAAGACUCCAAGCUCCUCAUCCAGCCCGGUGUCUUCGGACCAAGGUCUGUCCCAAUCUCUGGUCCAUAGCCUGACAUCCACACGAGCGACGGCGGCUGAGGUAGCCCGAGGCAGCAGGGGGCUCUGGCUUUGGUUAGCCAUGGUGCUAAUCCUCGUAGGUCUCCUGGCCUUGUUGGCCAAUCUGGUGAUGCAACCGGCAGUAGACGCUGCCCCAGCGGGCACCGGUGACUCCUGGAUGGCCAUUCAACAGUUGCUCUGGCCUUACACGGGCCUCCGACACAACGGACAGCCCCCGGUUUAGCCCUCCUACCGCCACUUUCGGACCUUAUGUUGAUGAGGCCUUCCCCCCGUGCACUUUGGAAGGGUGGUGACUGCACGCGUCAGUAUCGGCCCGCUACCCGGAGCCUUAAAUUCCCACGUUGUCCGAUUUAUGUCGUUAGCGCACGUCUGAACCGUUCAAGGACCGCUUAAUGGGUAAUUCUAUUCAUGUCCUUGGCAGAGAUUUUAUAACUUUUUAAAGCUGAUAAACACUGGUAAUAAAAACAUUGUAAGUGUUUUUAAAAACUAUUUAUGACUACUUUUGGAGUGAGUGAUAUGUGAAUUUAUUUAACUGUGACAGUCUUCACCACCAAAAUGAUUCUUUGCCUGUUUUGCUGUGGUUGUCAUUG